UGUCUGCCCUAUAAAUAUACAUAUAUAACUAUGUCCCCCCUCUUAAAGUAUAUAUAUCAACUCAAGAGCUAGCUAUAUAAUAAUUAUAUAUUAUAUAUGGAAAUGAUGAUGAGGAUGGUGAUGAAUGAAGGUGGAGAUGAUGAUCAUGGUGAGAAAAGAUUUGGUCUUUUGUUAGCUGCAAGAGACUCUGAGUAUGUGAAAAAAAUGUAUGGAGGUUACUUGAAUGUGUUUGUGGAAGCUUUUGGAGAAGAAGGAGAGAGAUGGGACUUGUUUAGGGUUGUUGAAGGAGAAUUUCCUGAGUUGGAAGAUUUGUCUAAAUAUGAUGGCUUUGUGGUCAGUGGUAGUCCCUAUGAUGCUUAUGGCAAUCAACCUUGGAUUCUUAAGCUUUGCUUUCUCUUGCAGAUUUUGGACUCUAUGGCCAAGAAAGUUCUUGGUAUUUGCUUUGGUCAUCAGGUUAUAAGCAGAGCAUUGGGAGGAAAGGUAGGAAAAUCUCAUAGUGGUUGGGAUUUGGGGAUAAGAAAAGUGAAUAUAGUGAAAGAUUUGCCUCCAUUAAUGACCAAGUUAUUAUUGGAUGAAGAUGAAGAUGGUAAUAAUAAUCAAAUGAUUAUGCCAAUAAUAUCCUCAUUUUCCAUUAUAGAAUGUCACCAAGAUGAGGUUUUAGAGGUACCAAUAGGUGCUAAUGUGAUUGGUUACUCAGAAAAAACAGGAGUUGAGAUGUUCAUGUUGGAAUCUCACAUUCUUGGAAUUCAAGGUCAUCCUGAAUACACCAUUGAUAUUCUCAAUAACCUCAUCGAUCGCCUUCUUAUUGAUCAAUUCAUACAGGAGGAUUUGGCUGAAAAUGCAAAAAAUAUGUUAGAAAGAACUGAGCCAGAUAGGAAGUGCUUGGUGAAGAUUUGCAGAAAAUUUCUCAAAGGAAGAUAGAUAUCAAUUUUUAUAAUUUCUCUUUUUUUUUUUCUUUUUUUUUAAUUAUUUCUUUAAUAUUCAAAUGCUUAUUUGCUUGCUAAGCAUUUUGUAAUUAAAAUAAAAUAAAAACUUUCAGACAAAGCUAUGUAAGGACCACCCACUUGUUAUGUUAACACAUGAUCUAUGAAUCAUGGAUUUACUACAAGUGACUAGAAAAUAUAAAGAGUCUUCUGUAAUAUUACAUAUUUUGGAUCAUUGAAUGAUUAUAAUUAAUUUAAAAAUUAAAAUAAAUAAA